AGGCAGGCAACACCUUAGCGGUUCCUAAAGCGAGCUAUGCUACGGAAGCCUCAGAAUGUCAAAAUUACUCUCGUUGCCAAAAUACUCUGCGGUGUAUCGGAGAGCCAGCCAUCCCAGUCCCGCCCCUCGCCCUUGGGCAUAUGCUACUACUACUCCCUUGCGUUUCUGAAAGGAUCUGAAAGUCUAAAAUUAGAAACCGACGCUUGUAAUCCCAGCACUGUGGGAGGCCGAGGCGGGCCUGAGGUCAGGAGUUCGAGACCGGCCUGAUCAACAUGGAGAAACGCCGUCUCUACGAAAAUUACAAAAUUAGUCGAGCAUGGUGGCGCAUGCCUGUAAUCCCAGCUACUAGGGAGGCUGAGGCAGGAGAAUCGCUUGAACACAGGAGGCGGAGAUUGCGAAGAGAAAAAUGAAGACAGGACAUUUUGAAAUAGUCACCAUGCUGCUGGCAAUCAUGAUUCUAGUGGACAUUUUCCAGGUGACAGCUGAAGUGUUAGACAUGGCAGAUAAUGCAUUUGAUGAUGAAUACCUGAAAUGUAUGGACAGGAUGGAAAUUAAAUACGUUCCCCAACUGCUAAAGGAGGAAAAAGGAAGCCACCAGCAAUUAGAUACUGUGUGGGAAAAUGCAAAAGCCAAAUGGGCAGCCCGAAAGACUCAAAUCUUUCUCCCUAUGAAUUUUAAGGAUAACCAUGGAAUAGCCCUGAUGGCAUAUAUUUCCGAAGCUCAAGAGCAAACUCCCUUUUACCAUCUGUUCAGUGAAGCUGUGAAGAUGGCUGGCCAAUCUCGAGAAGAUUAUAUCUACGGCUUCCAGUUCAAAGCUUUCCACUUUUACCUGACAAGAGCCCUGCAGUUGCUGAGAAGACCUUGUGAGGCCAGUUCCAAAAAUGUGGUAUAUAGAACAAGCCAGGGCACUUCAUUUACAUUUGGAGGGCUAAACCAAGCCAGGUUUGGCCAUUUUACCUUGGCAUAUUCAGCCAAACCUCAGGCUGCUAAUGACCAGCUCACUGUGUUAUCCAUCUACACAUGCCUUGGAGUUGACAUUGAAAACUUUCUUGAUAAAGAAAGUGAAAGAAUUACUUUAAUACCUCUGAAUGAGGUUUUUCAAGUGUCACAGGAAGGGGCUGGCAAUAACCUUAUCCUUCAAAGCAUAAACAAGACCUGCAGCCAUUAUGAGUGUGCAUUUCUAGGUGGACUAAAAACCGAAAACUGUAUUGAGAACCUAGAAUAUUUUCAACCCAUCUAUGUCUACAACCCUGGUGAGAAAAACCAGAAGCUUGAAGACCAUAGUGAGAAAAACCGGAAGCUUGAAGACCAUGGUGAGAAAAACCAGAAGCUUGAAGACCAUGGUGUGAAAAUCCUUGAACCCACCCAAAUACCUGGAAUGAAAAUUCCAGAACCUUUUCCACUACCUGAAGAUAAAAGCCAAGGAAAUAUCAACAAUCCUAGUCCAGUUCCUGUUCCAGGUCCCAAAAGCCAUCCUUCUGCAUCCUCGGGGAAACUGCUGCUUCCACAGUUUGGGAUGGUCAUCAUUUUAAUCAGUGUUUCUGCUAUAAGUCUCUUUGUUGCUCUGUAGUUUGAUGCAUUGUUUAUCCUUCUUAUUCUUUACUUGAAAUAACUAUAGGGAUCCCACAGGAGAUCAAAAGGAAUGAUGUAUUUUUUACUUGUUGGCCAAAGUCACUGGAUAAAAUGAGAAUUGUAUAUUUGUUAUUCAUUUUGCAAAUUCAGAAAGUUGGUCCAGAUAUAUGUCACAGAACUUUUCACUUCUAUACUACUCUUAUAAUUGAAAAAAAUCCCGAAAACUGUAUACUUCUGAUUGAAUUCAAUAAAAGGUUUUGAUUAGA